UGCUUUUCUUCCCGUGCCCCCUGCACAAGUUAGCAUUCCCACCCUGGGACGGCACAGAGCUCCGGCACUACUCCACUCUACAGAGAUCCUACUCCACUCUACAGAAAUCAUAUUCUUCUCUGAUCUACCCAGCUCCUGUUGAUUAUAUCUGACGGUGUGUCUGCAAGAGGUACGGCUCAGGAUCACUGGUCUCCACCAACCUCUGUCCUCCGACCCAGCCCAUCUCCACUCAUCCCACCAGGUCAUCACACCUCUACGGCCCGGUCCCAUCUCCAAUCAUCCCACCAGGUCACCACUCCUCUACGGCCCGGUCCCAUCUCCACUCAUCCCACCAGGUCAUCACUCCUCUACGGCCCGGUCCCAUCUCCAAUCAUCCCACCAGGUCACCACACCUCUACGGCCCGGUCCCAUCUCCAAUCAUCCCACCAGGUCACCACACCUCUACGACCCGGUCCAAUCCACCCUCCACCAUUCCAUCAGUCUCUGAGGUGAAGACCCAGUACUGACAGCCAUCCCCAUCUGUAGCACAAAAAGGUGUGUGCCAGUGACCAGUGAGCAGUAGUGAUGGGGGACUGGAGUCUCCUAGGGAACUUCCUGGAGGAGGUUCAGGAACAUUCCACGUCAGUGGGGAAGGUGUGGCUCACCGUCCUCUUCAUCUUCAGGAUCCUGGUCCUGGGCACGGCCGCAGAGUCCUCCUGGGGAGACGAGCAGAGUGACUUCCUGUGCGACACCCAGCAGCCCGGUUGUACCAACGUCUGUUAUGACCAGGCGUUUCCUAUUGCACACAUCCGCUACUGGGUCCUACAGAUCAUCUUCGUAUCCACGCCAUCACUGAUCUACAUGGGCCACGCCAUGCACAUCGUAAGGAGGGAUGAGAAACGAAGGAGGAGGGAGCAGGAGAAGAGGGAGGAGAUGGAGGAGAGAGGAGAGGGGGGGUGCGUAUCAGGGGAGAAGGAAUACCUCCAGCAGAGGGAUUGUGGGAAGGUGCUGGAGGCGUCAGGGCAGAUUCGCCUGCGGGGAGCGCUGUUAUCUACAUACAUUCUGAGCAUUCUGAUCCGCACAGUGAUGGAGGUGACCUUCAUCGUGGUCCAAUACAUGAUCUAUGGAGUCUUCCUCAGGGCUCUGUACCAUUGCAAGGCCUGGCCAUGUCCCAACCCAGUCAACUGCUACAUGUCCAGGCCCACAGAGAAGAACGUGUUCAUCGUCUUCAUGCUGGUGGUGUCUGGUGUCUCCCUGCUCCUUUCUGUGGUUGAGCUCUACCACCUGGCCUACAGGCGUAUCAGGAAGUGCAAGCGUAACCACUCCGCCCUCAAGAACCGCACUCAUAACGCUGUGGCCAUUGCCAUUACCAGGGACCCCGACACCCCGCCCCAUCACAACUCCCCGGGCUGCACCCCUCCCCCUGACUUCAGCCAGUGCCUGGCAUCGUCGGAUACGAUGAACCCUAUGAACCCCAUGACCUCCAUGCCUUCUCACCCCUUCAACAACAGGAUGGCACACCAGCAGAACUCCGUCAACAUGGCCACUGAGCGCCAUCAUUCCCAUGACGAUCUGGAAGGGGAGGGAGGAUUCCUGAGAAUGAGCUAUACCCAGAUGCCAGGGGAGAUGCCCAACGGGUGCUCCGCGCCAACCCUGCUGCACGCCAGCUACCUGAAAGACAAACGCCGCUUCAGCAAGACCAGCGGUACCAGCAGCCGGGUCCGACCAGAUGACUUGGCCGUGUAGAACUAGACAGACAGAGAACGAGAGAGGGGCUGAGAAAGAGAGGAGGGAGCAGACAGGACUUUAAGACACAGCAGGAGAGAGGCCCUGCCUAGAGGAGAUUGGAGCAGGCUGGGUCUAUAGACCCAGAGACUGAACUGGAGCAGGUACUCUACCGGUCAAAAGUUUUAGAACACCUACUAAUUCAAGGGUUUCUCUUUAUUUUUACUAUUUUCUACAUUAUAGUAUAAUAGUGAAGCCUUCAAAACUAUGAAAUAACACAUAUGGAAUCAUGUA